AUGACUCCUCUUCCUAAGGAUAGCGCGUCUCCCUAUCCACAGGAGUACGACGAGGCCAGCGAGAGAGAAAUGCAGUUCCUGCAGAAGUCGUCUUUGAACGCGCGUGGGAACCCAGAAUACGAAGAUGUGAUGAAGCAGACGCAGCUGCACUUCCCCUGGGUGAUUUCCUCCAUUCUGAAGCCGAUCACCUGGAUCUUCGACCACCGUCCGCUCUGCUGGAUCCGCUCGUUCUGCGUGGACGUCUUGGUGAUGACGCGCAUCCACGUGGUUCUGAAGCCGAUCGUGAGCAACGAGGAGGUGCUCAAGAACCAACACAUCUCCAAGGAAGUCGACCGUCUGGUGAACGACGCCGAGCACCCCCAGAAGCGCGAGUCCGUUCUGAAGUACGCGCACGACAUUGUGAACCGCAUGGCGUGCCGCCAGACCGACUGGGUGCUCCGCGUGUUCUAUCUGAUCCUCUCCUUCGUCUUCCGCACCAUGAUGCGCAAAGUCUACGUGGACAAGCACGGCCUGGACGUGUUCCACAAGCAGCUCGAGAAGCUGGGAAAGGGCGUGGGCGUGGUGUACCUCCCCACGCACAAGAGCCACAUCGACUACCUCGUCUUGUCGUACAUUUCCGCGCUGUACGACCUCCCGAUCCCCGUCAUUGCCGCCGGAGACAACCUCAACAUCCCCGUCGUGGGCGCGCUGUUCCGCUACUCGGGAGCCUUCUUCAUGCGCCGCUCGCUCGGCGACGACACGCUCUAUCGCGCCGUGCUGGAAGGCUAUCUCGAAGAGGUGCUGAAGUCGGGAUCCACGCUGGAAUUCUUCAUCGAAGGCGGGCGAUCGCGCGACGGAACCAUCCUCCCGCCCAAGUACGGCCUGCUUAACGUGAUUCUGGAGGCCGUAAAGACCGGCAGACUGAAGGACGUGCUGCUGGUGCCCAUCGCCGUGGACUACGAGCACUGCCCCGAUCUGAACUCGUACGUGAAGUACAUGAUGGGCGGAAAGAAGCACAAGGAGUCGCUCUCUGCGCUGCUGAAGAACGCCGCCAGCAUUCUCUCGAUGGACUGCGGCAACGCCUACGUCACGCUGGGAACCCCCAUGCUGCUGCAAGAGCUGCUGCAGAAGAUGGAGAAGGAGGACUCCACGCUCGACGUCCGGCACGAGGUCAAAUAUGUGGGAGCCCACGUCUGUCAAGCCAUGCGCGCGAAUAGCGUGGUGACCGUGUCGACGCUGGUCGCGACGGCGUUCAUGGAGUUCCCCGCGGGCGAGUGGGUGUCCGAAGCGGAGAUGUCGGUGCGGAUCGACACGAUCCGAAGCUGGCUUCGCAAGGCGCGAGCGUUGGAAGGCUACAGCGCCUGGUCGGUGGGCAUGCUGCACCAAUUCGUCCGGAAUUUCCCGAACCUGGUGGACGUGGAGGGGCACAACUACCGAGCGAAGCAGGGCAUUGCCGAGCAGAUUACCUUUUUCUACUAUCGUAACUGCUUGCUGCACCACUUCCUCGCGGACGCCACGGUGCUGUACGUGAUCAAGUCGCUGCAGAUCCAGGCGGACCGGUCGGAGUUGAGUUUAGUUGACGUGGUUCCGGUGGUCGAUCUGAUGUGUCGAAUCAUUGGAGCCCACAUUCCCUUCAACCAAGUCACGAGCGCGCCCGCGAUGGAGUCGCUCAUUGCGCGCAAUAUCUUGGUGCUGCGCGACGAUUUAGUGAGCUACCCCGCGAGCGAGGAGAGCUACGUGCACUUCUGCGUGUCGCUGGUGGCGCCGCUGGUCGAUUCGCUGACGAUCGUGACGGAGGCCAUCCAGAAUCUGGUGCCCGGAUCCGCUGCGGAGGAAGUCGAUCUGACGGUACUGCUGCUGAAGUGCAUGGAGAUGACGCGAAGCGCGGUGGAGAGCAAGAAGAUCGUGUAUCCGUUUACGGUGAACACGCAGAUGGUGCGGAACAAUGUGGAAGGUUUGGUGGCUGCUGGAGUGCUGAGCAAGCGGAAGGAGAAGGCGAACUAUUUCAUCUCGCUCAUGCCGUCGUAUCAGGAUAAGGCGAAGGUCGAUGCAUUGAAUGAAUCGAUGGUGGGUCUGCGAAUUGAUCUGAAGUCGCUGCCGAUGAUUCCGAACGAAGAUGUGGAUGUGACCAAUGAUAUGAUUGAUUUGAUGGUGGAUGUUAAGAAGAGAAAGAAGUAA